UGUCAUUCAAUACAAUACAUAACAACAAGUUUAUACAACUAUAUAAACUAAUUAAUUAUCAGUUAAUUAAUGGUUAGUUUGUUUGGAUUUAUGAUGUGAUUAAUUAAUUAAUCAAAAUUAUAUAAUUUACAUGACAUUAGUAAUAAUACUAAUAAUAAUUAUCAUAAAUUAAAUACAAUUAUUUUGAUAACAAAUAUCAGAUGACUUUGACAUCAAUUAAUUAAUGCAAUGAUUUGUGCAAUAAAUCAAUUGUUUAAUAGAUUUUGUGUUUCGCCACCACUUUUGCGGCAUUUGUCGUACAAGAGAUCAGUUGUUUAUAACAAUAACAACAAUGUUGUCGAAGAUAUGUUUGACAUCGAGAGAGACUUUGAAAAUGUAAAGAUUGAGACAUUUAAAGACAUUAUGACUGACGACAACAUUAAGUCCAGAGUUGAGAUCAUUCUUAAUGAAUAUGAAUACGAAAAAUAUAUGACACUUGAAGUUCCCAUCUCUUUAACCGUCGAUAAUAUGCGUGAUUUGUUGGUAUUGGAGACCAAAGAUGAGAGAAGACAAUUGUUACGACAUUUAUGUCGUAAAGAGUUGGUAACCGAUAUGAGAAAACUUCGCCGUAAAGAGCAUUCAAAAGAGUAUUGGACACAAAAGAGACAAACUUAUCAACAAAUUAAUAGCGAACGGACUGGUCUUUGGGAUCAUAAACAACAUCUUAUAUAUGGUUUAUGGCAUAACUCGUUGUUCACCAAAAUAGAGCCCAAAACUGUUAAGAAAUUGUUUAGUCAUCGGCUGAGAAAUGCUGUACUAUUUGGACAAAAGUUGGUCAUUGAUUUGGGUUUUGAUGAUUAUAUGCGACCACAAGAUUGUCGAUUAUUAGUAAAUCAAAUUCAAAAAUUAUAUCACUUUAAUAAAUAUCGAUCUGUAGUGCCAUUUGACAUACAUUUUACAGAUUGUCAUCCAAUGGAUCAAAUAAUGCAAAUAAUUCCUAAAAUUUUAGUCAACUAUAAAAAACCACAUUUUUUGUCAUCAUUUCAUGAAAAGUCAUAUUUAAAAGUUUUUCCUAAAGAAAAGUUAGUCUAUUUGUCUCCGCAUUCAAAAGAAACGCUAACUGAGUAUAAUUGUGAUGACAUUUAUAUAAUCGGAGGAAUUGUCGGUAAAGAGUCUCAUUUAGACAUAACUCAAAACAAGGCCAUUAAAGAAGGCAUACGAUGUUUUAGAUUACCUAUUGAUGAGAACGUUAUUUGGAGGGCCGGUAGCAAACAGUUACCACUGGAUAUCAUAAGUUAUAUUUUACACGAUUUCAGCUUAGGUUUUACAUGGAGUGAAGCACUGACUAAUAAUAUACCCAAAUGGCAGAUCAAAUCUAUUGAAGAAGUUUAUUAUGAAGACAAAAGUCGUCAACAAAGAUAUAACCAUAAGAAUCGUUUGGAUUGA